GCUUCUGGGUUCUGUCAGAUGAGUCCAAUAGUAUUAGUAACGGGUCAUCCACGCCAUUUUUAUUUUCUCCAUUGUUCACAUCAAACACCAAACCAGAAUACAAAGAAGCUUCAGAGACAGACCAAGUAAACAAACAAACCAUGGCAGCUGAUGGCAUUUUUGGGUACCCAUUGAGGCGCUUCCUCUGGAGCCCUCCGAUUUUCCGAGAAUGGUCAGGAUCAACGGCCCUCAUGGACUGGCUUGAAUCUCCUAAUGCCCACAUAUUGAAAAUCAAUGUUCCAGGUUUCAGGAAGGAGGACAUAAAAGUGCAGAUAGAUGAAGGGAACAUUCUGCAGAUAAAAGGGGAAGGCGGGAAAGAGGAGGCUCACCAUGCAAAAGACACAGUUUGGCACGCGGCAGAGAGAGGGACGGGGAAAGGAGACUUUACUCGGGAAAUUGAAUUGCCGGAAAAUGUGAAGGUGGAUCAGAUAAAAGCUCAAGUGGAGAAUGGAGUUCUCACCAUUGUUGUCCCUAAAGAUGCAACCUCCAAGCCAUCUAAAGUGCGAAACAUCAACAUCACCAGCAAGCUCUAAGCACCACCACCACCACCUAGCCGUUCACGAGAAUCAAACCAGAAGCAUCGAAUGCUUGAUCAUGUGUUUGAUCAUGUGUCAUGUAUUGUGCUUUAACAUGUAACAAUAAGUAUAUGAUUAUAUAUGCGUGCAUAUGCGUAUA